AUGGUUUAUUCAAUUUUCACGGUUCUUGUACUUGCAAUAGCUCGCGACAUUUAUAGGAAGUUUGUUCAGAGGGAAAUCAAGGCGAAGAAAAUUGAAAUAGAAGCACGGAAAGCAAUUGAAGCGCAGAAAGCACUCAAGGCACUCGAAGCGCAGAAAGGACUCAAUCGGGCACUCGAGUUGCAGAAAGCAAUACUGGCACGGAAAACGAUCGAAAAGCAGAAGGUGAUCGAGGUACGGAAAGCAAUCGAGACACAAAAAAAACUAGAGGCACGAGAGGCAAUCAAGGCACAGAAAGCAAUUGAAGCUCAGAAUGCAGUCGAGGCUCAAAAGGCAAUCGAGACCCAGAAAGCAAUUGAAGCUCAGAAGGCGAUAGUGACUCAAAGGGCAAUCGAGGCUCUGAAGGCAACAGAGGCACGGAAAGAAAUUGAAGCUCAGAAAGUAAUAGUGGCUCAGAGGGCAAUCGAGGCUCAGAAAGCAAUAGAUGCUCAAAAGGCAGUAGAUUCACAGAAAGCAAUCGAGGUGCUGAGUCAAAAAUACCUUGAUACGUAUACAAGACUUUGCCCAACCCCAAGUUGCAGAGUCAGGAUCCAAAAAGACGGCGGUUGUGACUCGAUGCGUUGUGUAAAAUGUCAGAAGAGUUUUAUUUGGUAUGAGUGA